CAUGGUACUGUCGGGGGUCGUCAAGGCUUGUAGGAGUUAUUUUAUGACGAGAAAAACAAGGGCCAAACGGAUUCAGACCAAUCGGGUGGAGGAGGCAAGAAAGAAACAACGAAAACGACAAAGAAUGACAAACAACCGUAUCCGUAGACUGACAGCUUUGUCCAGUUUGACAACUGGGAUCAGUGAAUCCGACCGCUCAAAGCUAGAGGAAGCGCUAAGUACAACAACAUUUAUCUCCUCUCAGGAAUCUGACUCAGACUCAGAUGACCGUGCGUGGCCAAAACGUCUUGUAGUUAGAAAACUUGCAUGGAGGAGUGAUUUUCUUGAUCAUUGGUUCACAAAACUUGAUGCUGACCACCUAAAAAGUGACCGUUGUCUAAGCAGGCGAGAGGCUGAGGAGGAAAGCCGUCGAGUGCCACCUAAGGAUGCGCCAGACUGGGCUGUCCAACCUUCUACCUUCACAAAGUAGAGAUCAGCUCACUACAGCUAAUGACAGACCAGAUGGGGCUCUCCAACUCUCCACCCUCACAAAGUAGAGAUUAAUCUCCUACAGCCAGCACAUUGUAAUACAUUGAUAUGGACAGCCAAGUGAAACUUUAUAUGGACCUAAAUUGCUCUGUUGUUUUGUGUUUUGUAACCAUCGAGGAAAGUUCCUACCUGUGUUAUUAUAAAAAACCUACAUCAAAUGGGUUACAUUUUACAUUUGUGAAACUCAGGAAAAAAUUUAUAUAAUUGAAUUUACAUAUGUAUAAUUAUCAAUACAUGUACUUAACAAAUUGAUAUAAAUGCAAUUCUGUUGUGACUUUAACGUCUAAUUAAACAUGUUUGUUUCAUCACUGCAUUAUAUCUCAAAAGCAGAAAUUUAAGUCCUGGUUCAUCUCUCAUAAAAAAAAUUGUUUAUCUUGCAUUCAAAAGAAGUGCCUGAGUCCUGAGUCUCUCCAGCAAUAUGUAGUGUUAUAAGACCUAAUCCAUCUCUCAAGUGAUAUGUAGUGUUAUAAGCUCUAAUCCUUCUCUCAAGCAAAAGGCAGUGUUAUAUGUUCAAUUCAUCUCUCAGGUAAUAGGUAGUUUAUAAGCCCUAGUUCAUAUGUCAGGUAAUAGGUAGUGUCAUAACUCCUCAUCUCUCUCUCAGGUAAUAGGUAGUGUCAUAACUCCUAGUUCAUCUCUUAUGACAAAGUUAGUAAUAGAAGCCUCAUUUCAGUGGAGUUAUAUGCCCUAGUCCAUCUCUCAUGCAAAAAACUAGUGUUCUGAUUCCUAGUAACUAUCUCAAACAUUUGCCAUCGUAAUUUGUCUGUCAUGUGUGUAUUCAUCAUUUUACCUCUGGAACAAUACAAAUAAAUCAGACUACAAU